UUCAGGUUCAGUCUUCAGGUUCGUUCGGCGUAAUUGUUACUUGGUAAGCGGUAAUAAUUAUUGUAAUCUGGAGGACCAAAUGACUUGCCGGAACCAGAAAUGCACGCAGACGUUGGAGACCCUCCUCAAAAUGGAGAUCAACGAGGCGGAGAAAACGUUGCUGCUUUUGGACGCCGAGGUGAAGAAAGCUCAGGCGAAAGCGCAAUCGGAAUGGCAGCUGCGAAGGGAAAUGCAAGAGAAAAUUCGCGUCACGAAGGAGAACAUCAUGGUUUUGUCUAUGAGCCUGAACAAACAGGACAAGUACAACGACGAGCUGUUUACCAAAAUGGAGCUAACGAGGCUGAACUUGGACGAUGAGUACAAGGUCAGGCGGUCGGAGUCGCAGGCACACGAGAACAUAGUGAGGGAAUACGAUGACACUUAUCGAGACUAUCGGAUGGCCGUGCAGAAGCAGAUACAGGAGGAGAAGAAGAGGAUCCGCGAGCUCGAGAUGCUGAAGAUGCCGCCGCCGAAGAUUAAUCUGCCUCUCUACAUGAGGUCUUGCUACAGAUCUUGCUCGAGGGAGCCUUGGAAAUUGAACAGCGAGGACUCUCUAGAUUCCAUAUCCGUGAACACGUUGCUGGAGGAAAUGUGCAUAUCGGAGGACUCGUUGAAACCGUGUCGGCGAUCACCGUCGCCGAACUCGGCCGACAAGAACGCCGGGGAAGAGGCGAUCGAUGCCGGAAGUCCUUGCUCCGAGCGGGGCCAAGAAAUGGAGCAAGAGGACGCGGACGCGGGACCGGAAGCGAUCGAUAUGGCGGACGAGGAGGAGUCGCGGCAGGAGUAUCCGGCGGCACAUCCGUCACCGUUGCUUGUCCCCAGAGAUAAGCAAACGUCCGAGCUGGAAGAAGACGUGCCGGCGAAGAAGAGGAUCAGGAUGAUGACUGAUGAAUCGCCGGCUUGGAGCUCGCCGUUGGGUACAUUGAAAGCCACUCGGCCGGCUGCCAGAAGAAGCCAGUUCGUUGAUGCGUCCCAGGCGCCGAGGAUCACGAGGAUCGAGACCGUUCGUUGCAACGUGUCGGUGUGCCGGGAUCGAAACGAGCAUGACACGAGCACCGCGACACGCCACGACUAUUCCGACAAGCCGAGGGAUAGCUUUUGCUCGGGCAAAAAGGGGACACCGCUGGAUAAGGACCCCGGGUCAGAUCGAUCUCCGGUCGCCAGGAUCUCCAAGAUGGACCCACCCUGUCGUCCUACUUCGCUGAUCGCGAAGAUCGAUCAGGCCAAUCCCGCCAGCAUGUUCAGCCCUGGAUACUCGGAGAGCAGCAGCAUCUUCGGCUUGGACCAUGGCUUCGAUAAUUUAAAAGCCGAUCAGAUAUCGUUGUACGGUGGCUCCGCUCGAAGCUUCAACGUUCAUGAUUCCGAGAUAUCGAUGGCGGAAGCGAGGCCUGCGACCAAUUUCAAAGAAGAUCAGCCCUUGGCCAGGCCUAAGGAGCUUUCACAGCUCAGCUUCAGCAACAUACUCAAGACGACUAACAAAUCUGGACCCAAUAAAUUAUUCUAAAGACGACUCCAAUGACUUGGAGUGACUCCAAUGACUCCAAUGACUGACGCUUUUGCCCGUAGUAAUUGUCAUUGGACCGCCGAUCUUUAUGCGAAAUGAAAGUUAUCGAUUGCAAGAAAUGGCUGUUGAACAGAAAUUCGUUUCUUUUACUAUUCAUUUAAUUAAGGCGUAAAGAAUGCGACAAUUACCAGCCAGAUUUGUUCGAAGCAUUGUCUUUUGCACAUUCGACACAAUAAUUUUUAUUUUGAAUCCAUAAGAUCGGUGGUCUAACGAUCAUUUUCACGAACGUCGCUCAUUUCAAAAAGCUGUUAAUGUUAAACUGAUUUGCAUAGAAAUUUCGCUGUUGCUUUUUUCAAUUUAAGGAAAACGAAAAAUAUUAAUAUUGUUAAAUCUUCUUA